AUGUCUAGCCUGCGCGUGGCCGCGUCGGUGGUGUUAUUGUUCUUCACUCUGGCUCCACUCGAAGCGGCUGCCCAGCUGAGAAAUCUUACCUUCAAGAUUCACAACUUCACCACGAAGGUUGACCAUUUCACGUACCGCAACAACGACACCUUCCAGAUGAGGUAUAUCGUGGCGGACAAAUACUGGAACAGAGACAAAGGAACGAUCUUCUUCUACCCCGGAAACGAAAUGAGGAUCGAACCCUUCGUGUACAGCACGGAUCUGGAGCACAUGGCGUACCUGUCCAGCGAGCAAGCCAUGGCUGACUACGCCGCACUGUUGACAUGGCUCAAGAACAACCUCGCAGGAGCCAAGAACAGUCAAGUGGUCGCAUUUGGCGGCUCUUACGGAGCCAUGUUAGCCGCGCUGAUGCGGGUCAAGUACCCGUACAUUAUCGACGCUGCUCUGGCAAGUAGUGCCCCCUUCAGGAUGUUUCCCGGACUCGGAUCAUGCGACCGGUUCUACAGAGGCGUAACGCAAGCUUUCCAGAGGUCGUCCUGGGGAUGUCCCAGGGAUGUGUCUCGUACCUGGCCCGUGCUCGACAAACUGGGAUCAACACCGGAAGGCUGCAAGACGCUGCAGGAGAGGUUUCGCACGUGUCACAACCUCGAGCCCAGCAAUUACCCGGAGUUUCGCGAUUGGAUCCGACACGCGUACUCAAUACUGGCCAUGAUAAACUACCCGUUUGCCGUAACGGCCCGUGGAACCAUUCCGGCUCAUCCUGUCAAGGUUGACUGGGUGGAAUGA